AUGGACACCAUCCAAAAGCUCAUCUACAAAUCGAAGCAACAACCGUUAGUUCCGCUUGGAACCGUGCUCACCACAAUUGCAGUCAUUCUAGCCGCCAAGUCUCUUAAGCAGGGCCGCAAAAAGGAUACCCAGAAAUAUUUCCGUUAUCGUGUGGGCUUCCAGGCCUUCACCCUUGUAGCAUUGGUGGCAGGAAGUUUCUGGUAUUCUCGUGAAUCGUCGGCCAAGAAGAAGUCGCGCGAGGAUCUUUUGCGUGAGAAGGCCAAGCAGCGUGAGAAGUUGUGGCUUGAGGAGUUGGACAGACGUGACCAGAUCAUCCAGGCCAAGAAGAAGAGAUUGGAGGACUCCAAAAGAGAAUUGAGAGAAGUGGCCCAGGAGGGGUUUCAGAAGGAGCGUGAAAACGAAUCCGACAAGUAG